AUGGAUUCCGUCGCCCAGAAAGUGCUGACCUCCGGACUCAGAAUUGACUUUGGCCCCUUGAAGGAACCUUUGGCGUUCAUCCGUUUGCUAGAAUGGCUGUUUUCCAUAUUCGCCUUUGCAACAACUGGAGGCUACAGCGGCUCGAGCAGCAUCAACGUCGCCUGCCAGGGAAGUAAAAAUGAAGAAAUACAGGCACAUUUUAACUACCCCUUCAGGUUGAUGGAUCAUCCAUACAAGGUCCCCAAAUGCCUUAUCAACCAAACUACCACCACUGAUUACCUCUUGACUGGAGACUAUUCGUCCUCCGCGCAGUUUUACGUGUGUAUCGGAGUGUUGGCGUUCCUCUACAGCACUGCCACGUUGGUCAUCUAUUUGGGCUAUCAGCACCUGUACCAAGAGUCCAGUCGUGGUCCCAAUCUGGAUCUGUUGGUGAGUGCCGCCUUUGCCUUCCUCUGGCUGACAGCAUCGUCUGCCUGGGCCAAAGGUUUGACCGAUGUCAAAUGGUCCACCAGCCCUUCAAACAUCAUUCAAGGGAUUGACGUUUGCAAAAAUGGUGUCAACAACUGCAGCUCAGGAGCCACACCUCUUAUGGGCCGAUUAAACGCCUCUGUGAUAUUUGGUUUCCUUAAUCUCAUCCUGUGGGGAGGCAACUGCUGGUUUAUUUACAAGGAAACCCCUUUCCACAGAUCAACCACCCAACCGGGCAUCGUAGAGGAAGGAGUUACACCAUCAUAACUGCCAGCAUCCAUUUCCAAACCGUCUCUAACGUGUAAAAGUGAUUGCACUGUUUGGCAGAGCUGAUUGUUUUUUUUUCUAUCUUGACUAAAUAUUUCAAAUUCAUUUCAGAAAGUACUAAAACUUUAUUUAGGCAGACAUUAAAGCUACUCAUUGCAAAGCAUGAAUUUAAAGGAAAGGUUCACCUGAAAUUCAUAAAAUGGUUCAUUUUGAGUUUACUCCAGCAGUUUUCCAGAUAUAAAUUUAUGAAAUGCAGGUCCAUUCUUUCAUUCUAACAUUUAGUUGAGCUUAUUGAAAGGAGUGCCUCUUGAACAUGUUCAAUAAUUAGUUUUUAUUUUUGAAAGACGUCCUGA